UUCGUGUUUGUCACCGAGCCCUCUACCUUCUUCUUCCCCAGUCUCAGUCUAACCGACCUAAACCAAACCCUAUAACUCACCUCUUUUUACAGAAAAUCUCUGAAGUGUUCCAAAUUGUUACUGUUAGGCUUCAAGAUUUCCAGCGCUUUUGAAUUUAUAAGUCUAAAUUUGAAGCCAUGGGAAAAGCAAAAAAAGCUCCAAAAUUUGCUGCCAUGAAGAAGAUAGUCACUCAAAAAGCUAUUAAAAAUUACAAGGAACAAGUUUUGAAUCCUAACAAGAAAGACCUAAGCAAGGAAAAACUCCCCAGAAACGUGCCCAAUGUUUCUUCAGCGCUUUUCUUCACAUACAACACCUCCUUGGGACCGCCUUAUCGGGUUUUGGUGGAUACCAACUUCAUCAAUUUCUCCAUCCAGAACAAAUUGGAUCUGGAGAAGGGAAUGAUGGACUGCUUAUAUGCUAAAUGUACUCCAUGUAUCACCGAUUGUGUGAUGGCUGAGCUUGAAAAGUUAGGCCAAAAAUACCGAGUAGCUCUGAGGAUUGCUAAGGAUCCUCGUUUUGAAAGACUGCCAUGUAGUCAUAAAGGAACCUAUGCUGAUGACUGUAUUGUUGAGAGAGUUACACAGCACAAAUGCUUUAUUGUUGCUACAUGUGAUCGAGAUUUGAAACGAAGGAUACGUAAGGUCCCUGGUGUGCCAAUCAUGUAUAUCACUCAGCAUAAAUAUUCAAUUGAACGACUUCCUGAAGCAACCAUUGGUGGAGCUCCAAGAUUCUGAUAUGCUGAGUAUGAUGUUUCAUCAGCAGUGAUCUUUGAAUUCUAUUAAGGUAAUAGGAGUCAAACCCCUUAGGGGCACAGUAGCUUGAAAGUAUAGAUCAGUGAUGUAGCUAUAGAUUUUUACUUGUUCAACCAAUAUAACACCUACUUCUGGUGUUUUGUUUUAUUACUCUUUUUCAGUUUAACACUUAAACUGCUUGUCUUAUCCUCCUAAUGGGUGACAAUAUGAGGCCUAACAAUUGACAAUAUCAGCAUGCACUAAAAACUUUAGCGACUAAAUCAGCAAAAUUGAUAAUUAGGUGAUUAUUUUAAGAACAUGAUCAUAAUUGAUUGAUUAGUGAUGUAUAUUGCCGAAUUCA